AUGACAGAACUUGAACCCUACAAACCAAUUUGCCUUGAUCAUCAAUGGCAUGAAAUCGAACACGCUUGCAGAAAUUACUACAACUCUUCGUCUCGGUGUGAUUUGAGUGGUUCGUUUUCGAAGAAUUAUUAGAAAUAGUUCUGUUCGUUUCAGCUGAAGAAGACAAGCAAUUGCUGAAAGAGCUCCAAACAUGUUGCGAGGACGAAGAAAACUGUUGGCCCCGAGAAAUGGACGAGUACUGCUGCCAAGAAGAACCGUGCAACAAUCAUAAAUGCAAAAUUCCAGUGGGUCAUUUUUCUCCGAGUUCAAUCCUUGAACGAAACCAUUUUGAAAGUAUCGAGUAAAUUCUAUUUUUUCAGAUGCCAGCGAAAGGAACCAGUGUUGUUUCCGAGGCGAUCUUGAAGAAAAUGUUACAGCAAGAAGAAGAAAGAGAAGGAGACGGGAUCUUCAGCAAAAAAAUCUUGACGAGAAAGCAGAAAAAACUAAUUGUCAAGUUGCACAAUUUCUUGAACACCAAGAACUCCACCGUCGUGCGCGAAAUCAUAAAUGACUUAACUUUGAUCAUCUACAACAACGAAGUUAUUCGACCACCGAGUUAGUUGUAAAUCUCUUUUUCUUUGCUCAGCGAUUCUUACCAUUCUUGAACCAAAAUGCAAAAUUUCAGUAACGUUGACCAGCUUUUUGGACUUGAGCACGGUGAAAGAACAUAGAAUUCACGUUAGUUUUCCGAAAAAGUUUCACAAGAGUCGUGAAUUUUCAGUUUUUGAUCGAUGUCGUUGAACAAUUAUCGGAAGAAUGGCACGCGGCUGUCGACUUCACAGGAUUCAUGUGCACCUCUCUUCCCACCUGCUCCGAGCUUCAAGCAACCUUCAGAUGGGUACUGUCACCUCUAAACUUAUUUUUAAUAAUUGACGAAUUUUGCAGAAUAUUAAGAAGAAAGACUACUUUGUAAGUAAAUUCAAAAACAACAAGUCCAACGUGAAGCCGAGUAUCGACGAAUAUCCAUAUUGGGCCGGAGAGGAAUAA